AUGGUUUCCUUCUAUCCUCUCGUUGCGUUAGCGUUAUCUGUACAAGGAUUAGCUAUUAAGCCAGUGGAUUCAGCUCACCAGCCUGCAAAACGCUCUGAAGCUAAAGUCUUACAAUUAGAUUUUGACGUGGAAAGAACAUACCCUUCUCUUCAACUUGCUAGAAGGGACUAUUCGGGAGCUAAACUCAACAAUAGCAGGGACGUGCGUUACUUUAUGGAUAUGUACAUUGGCUCCAACAAACAGAAAAUCAGAGUCGACAUUGACACUGGCUCUUCCGAUCUUUGGGUCCACGAUGAGUUUUAUGGACCGUCCUACGAAGGUAUGUUCAACCAGUCAGAAUCUGAAACUUUCAAUUACAUCAAUGAGUCUUUUAAAAUCUCCUACAACGAUGGAACAGUCACUUCGGGAGUCUACGGUAAGGAUACCGUUUCACUUGAAGAUGGUACUACACUUGAUGAUUUCCAGUUUGCAGUUGCUAGUAACUCCACAAACAAAUGGACACCAGCUAUCUUUGGUAUCUCCAGGAAAGUUCAAGAAGCUGCUAAACAGGAGUACGACAAUUUCCCAUACGCAUUGGUAGCCGCUGGUAUUAUCCCUAAACCCUCUUACUCCAUCUACAUGUCCAAGGAGAAUGGAAACAAAGGUCUGGUGCUCUUUGGUGGCAUAGACCAAAAGAAGUAUGAAGGGGACUUGGUAUCUUAUCCAAUCAGCGACAGUUGGUAUGCUUCAAUUGAAUUGAAAACUCUUAGCUACGAAGGCAAAGACUACACUCUCAACAGGUCUGCCUUGUUGGAUACGGGAACUUCGUGGAACUUCUUACCUAAAGAUAUAGUGAUGGACAUCUCCAAGCUUCUUGGAGCAGACACUUGCGAAAGCUGUGACAGAAACGUCCCUUGUGACCAGCCAAACGAUAAGUUUAUGACGUUUGACUUUGGCGGUCAGCAGAUUAAGCUAUCGUACGCUGACCUUGUUGUAAGACCACAGCCAGGUAUGUGUCUCUUGGGACUUGAUGUUGCUGGAGCAAACGACAAUUUGAUUCUUGGUGAUGUCUUCUUAAGGCAUGCUUAUACGUACUAUGACUUUGAGGAGAAUACUAUAGCUAUUGCUCCUGCGGUUGAUACUGAAGAGUCUGAUAUCGUCCAGGCUUAA